GGGGUCUGAGCCCUCGCCCCGGAGGUCAACACGGGAGCCAGCAUUUCCGAACCCCGCGCUCACACCUUUUCCAACCCGGAUGGUGGUGACAGUUAAUACUUCCCGAGCGCUAUUACCACAGCCAGGCAUUAUAUUUACACCUAGUCCUCAUUUGAGAGGAGCACUUCCGGGUCACAAAGGCUGGCACCACAAAGCGUUGUGGCCGGUUCGACCAGAGGCGCCCAUACUCUUUAACGCCUCAGUGACACGGCGAGGUGCGCGGGGAGUGGGUCGCAAACGCGGCAGAGAGCUGCGUCCCGAGCGCAGAGACGCGCGGCGACCGCGCCCCCGGCGGACCCCGCCCUCGGCCGACGGCGGCGCUCCCAGCCUGCCCCGCGCGGCGCGGCGCCGGAAGUGAGUGAGCAUUUCCGGCAGCCGUCCCUGCGGUGCUGACGUCCCGGCUCCUCUCUCCCGGGGUCUUCCUGCUGUCAUGAAGGACGUACCGGGGUUCCUGCAGCAGAGCCAGAGCUCCGGGCCCGGGCAGCCCGCCGUGUGGCAUCGUCUGGAGGAGCUCUACACGAAGAAGUUGUGGCAUCAGCUGACACUUCAGGUGCUUGAUUUUGUGCAAGAUCCGUGCUUUGCCCAAGGAGAUGGUCUCAUUAAGCUUUAUGAAAACUUCAUCAGUGAAUUUGAACACAGGGUGAACCCUUUGUCCCUGGUAGAAAUCAUUCUUCAUGUCGUUAGACAGAUGACUGAUCCUAAUGUGGCUCUUACUUUUCUGGAAAAGACUCGUGAGAAGGUGAAAAGUAGUGAUGAGGCAGUGAUCCUGUGUAAAACAGCGAUUGGAGCCCUAAAAUUAAACAUUGGAGACCUACAGGUUACAAAGGAAACAAUUGAAGAUGUUGAAGAGAUGCUCAACAGCCUUCCCGGCGUUACAUCAGUGCACAGUCGUUUCUAUGAUCUCUCCAGCAAAUACUAUCAAACAAUUGGAAACCACGCGUCCUACUACAAAGAUGCUCUGCGGUUUUUGGGCUGUGUUGACAUCAAGGAUCUACCAGUGUCUGAGCAGCAGGAGAGAGCCUUCACGCUGGGGCUAGCAGGACUUCUCGGCGAGGGAGUUUUUAACUUUGGAGAACUUCUCAUGCACCCUGUGCUGGAGUCCCUGCGGAACACUGACCGGCAGUGGCUGAUUGACACCCUCUAUGCCUUCAACAGUGGCAACGUCGAGAGGUUCCAGACUCUGAAGACUGCCUGGGGCCAGCAGCCUGAUUUAGCAGCUAACGAAGCCCAGCUUCUGAGGAAAAUUCAGCUGUUGUGCCUCAUGGAGAUGACUUUUACACGACCUGCCAAUCAUAGACAACUCACUUUUGAAGAAAUUGCCAAAAGUGCUAAAAUCACCGUGAAUGAGGUGGAGCUCCUGGUGAUGAAGGCCCUUUCGGUGGGGCUGGUGAAAGGCAGUAUAGACGAGGUGGACAAACGAGUCCACAUGACCUGGGUGCAGCCCCGAGUGUUGGAUUUGCAACAGAUCAAGGGAAUGAAGGACCGCCUAGAGUUCUGGUGCACGGAUGUGAAGAGCAUGGAGAUGCUGGUAGAGCACCAGGCCCAUGACAUCCUCACCUAGGGCCCCUGAGGUCUACCUGCUGUCCCCUUUGACUCACCUGAGAGAGGCGUUUCCCCAGCCAAUAAAGCUGGCUGUCAGAUGGUCUACAUUGAAUUGGGGUAGGGGUUGGGAAUCCUGUCUGAAGGACGGACUUUUCUUGCUGUAAAAUCAGGACUGUCCCUGAUGGGGGCCAGGCCGCAGGCAGAAGGCUCCUUUGUGGGUCUCUCCUGCAGCGAGUAGGCGUCUCUGAGUUUUAGGUCAUAAGGGAGAGAAACUGCAUAUGAGGCAGAAAGUGCCGUCAAGUCUGUGUACUCUGAGGUUGAUCUCCGUUCCCUGUCCACCUCUGCGGACAUCUUUGCCAUUGUGAUAUGAGAAUGUUCCUGUAAUAAACACCUUUGCUUUGUUCUU